AAGCAGUUUCUGUGCAACUUCCGGUCAACUUCUUCCUGCUCCACAUACAGAACUAGACGUUGACGUCCAUUUGUUUUAUGUCGUGUUUGUGCUCUGUCAGCAUUCAACCGCAUUGAAGAAGAACCUUCGGUGGUCAGGUUGCUGUUCUGUCAUUGGUCACUUUGGUUAUCCGUCAAGGAUGUUCUGGAACAGCAUUGGCUGUUAUCCCCGAGCUCUGUCCUUCUUGUUUCUACCUGUCUGGUUGUGAGAGGCUGGCAGGGUUUCCUGCUCCUCGCUCUACUCCCGCCCCUUUAUCCAGCUUCAAGGAAGGAAGACGGAACUACUCGAAACGCAUGUGUCACUUCCACUAUGCUGCAAAUCUGCUGCUGCGUGAAUACACGGGUAAAUUUCUCUGCUUCAGUGCUUGGUAGGAAAUAAGGUACAGUGGUGGCGAACUACAGCUGUGGUUUCGGGGGAUGCGGGUCGCUUAGGGAGGGUUGCAGCGAUUGCUUUCAGAAGUGAAGCGUGGCUUAGAAAAGAAAGAAGAGACCUGAAAGAGAGAGUGUCUUUCUUUCCUGCGCGAAACCAGAUAGCUUGUUUCGGUUGCUUGCCUCGACGGGAUUGACAUAGAAUAUGGCGGAACAUCACCCAGUCGCGGACACCAAACACAAAUCCUCUCUGAACUCUGGUGCGUCGUACUCCGGUAAUGGACGCAGCAGCGGCGGUGGCAGUAGCGCGGCGUUCUCGGACAGAGGGAGCGGUGACGCCGGCGGAGGAGGAGGCGGGCUGUCCGGCGGCCUGUCGCAGCCGGCAGGGUGGCAGUCCCUACUCUCUUUCACCAUCCUGUUCCUGGCCUGGCUGGCCGGCUUCAGCUCCAGGCUUUUCGCUGUCAUUCGCUUCGAGAGCAUCAUUCACGAGUUUGACCCUUGGUUCAACUACAGGUCAACUCACUACCUCACCACCAAUGGCUUCUACGAGUUUCUCAACUGGUUUGAUGAGAGAGCCUGGUACCCUCUGGGCAGGAUAGUAGGAGGAACGGUGUACCCAGGCCUGAUGGUCACAGCAGGUCUUAUUCACUAUGUCCUCAACCUACUGCACAUUACCGUCCACAUUCGGGAUGUGUGUGUGUUCCUGGCACCGGUCUUCAGUGGCCUGACCUCUAUCUCCACCUUUCUGCUGACAAGGGAGCUAUGGAACCAGGGGGCGGGGCUGCUGGCAGCCUGCUUUAUUGCUAUCGUCCCUGGUUAUAUCUCCCGCUCCGUGGCAGGAUCCUUUGACAAUGAAGGCAUCGCCAUCUUUGCCCUGCAGUUCACCUACUACCUCUGGGUGAAGUCGGUGAAGACAGGUUCAGUCUUCUGGACUAUUGGAUGCUGCCUGUCCUAUUUCUAUAUGGUUUCAGCCUGGGGUGGCUACGUGUUUAUUAUCAACCUUAUCCCUCUCCAUGUCUUUGUCCUGUUGCUCAUGCAACGCUUCAGUCGGAGAGUCUACAUAGCUUACAGCACCUUCUACAUUGUCGGCCUGGUCCUCUCCAUGCAGGUCCCCUUUGUGGGCUUCCAGCCAAUCAGAACCAGCGAACACAUGGCUGCAGCAGGUGUCUUCGUGCUGCUUCAGGUCUAUGCCUUCCUGCAGUACCUGAAGGACAGACUGACACGGCAGGAGUUCCAGACUCUUUUCUUCCUUGGAGUGUCUGUGGCUGCUGGGGUGGUUUUCCUCUCAGUCAUCUACCUGACAUACACUGGCUACAUCGCACCAUGGAGUGGACGCUUCUACUCCCUGUGGGACACUGGCUAUGCUAAGAUCCACAUCCCCAUCAUAGCAUCUGUGUCUGAACACCAGCCCACCACCUGGGUGUCCUUCUUCUUUGACCUUCACAUCCUGGUCUGCACAUUCCCAGCAGGCCUGUGGUUCUGCAUUAAAAACAUCAACGAUGAGCGGGUCUUUGUGGCUCUUUACGCCAUAAGCGCUGUGUACUUCGCCGGUGUGAUGGUGCGUUUGAUGCUGACUCUGACUCCAGUAGUGUGCAUACUGUCAGCCGUGGCCUUCUCCAGUGUCUUUGAACACUACCUUGGAGACGACAUGAAGAGACAGAGUCCGCCUGCAGAGGACAGCAGUGACGAGGACGACAGGAAGAACGCCAGCAACCUCUAUGACAAGGCUGGUAAGGUGCGUAAACACGUCUCUGAGCAGGAGAGGGCAGAAGAAGGACUGGGCCCCAACAUCAAGUCCAUCGUCACCAUGUUGAUGUUGAUGCUGCUCAUGAUGUUUGCAGUCCACUGCACCUGGGUCACCAGCAAUGCCUACUCCAGCCCUAGUGUAGUGUUGGCAUCUUAUAAUCAUGACGGAUCUCGUAACAUUUUGGACGACUUCAGAGAGGCAUAUUAUUGGCUGAGGCAGAACACAGACGAGCAUGCCAGAGUGAUGUCAUGGUGGGACUAUGGCUACCAGAUAGCUGGGAUGGCAAACAGAACUACUCUAGUGGACAACAACACGUGGAACAACAGUCAUAUAGCACUGGUGGGUAAAGCCAUGUCUUCAAACGAAACGGCAGCUUACGAAAUAAUGAGGUCCCUGGACGUUGACUACGUCCUGAUCAUCUUCGGCGGUGUGAUUGGUUAUUCAGGGGACGACAUCAACAAGUUCCUGUGGAUGGUGCGAAUUGCAGAGGGGGAACACCCCAGAGACAUCAGGGAGAGUGACUACUUCACACCGCAGGGUGAGUUCAGAGUGGACAAAGCUGGUUCACCAACCCUCCUCAACUGCCUGAUGUACAAAAUGUCUUAUUACCGGUUUGGAGAAAUGCAGCUGGACUUUCGGACACCGCCAGGCUUCGACCGCACUCGCAACGCUGAGAUUGGCAACAAGGACAUCAAGCUGAAGCAUCUGGAGGAAGCCUUUACAUCGGAGCACUGGUUGGUGAGGAUUUAUAAGGUAAAGAAGCAGGAAAACAGAGACCGUGUGGAGCACAACCUGCGAAGUACGGACACCACCAAGCAGAAGUACACCUCCAAAAAGACAGCCAAGAGGAAGCGUGGGUACAUCAAGAACAAGCUGUCCAUCAAGAAGGGCAAGAAAGUGACCAAGAAGUCUCUAUAGAAAACCCACUGACAACUGAGGCACAGUGUGAACGGAAGAUAGGGAAAAAUCUUAAACACGGUACUUAAAAAAAAAAAAAAAAAAACA